CCGCUCAGCAGCCAAUGAGGAAACGCUCCGCUCACUCAGGUUUACUCGGACUUCCGCAAUAUGUCAGAUUUUCUCUUCGCCUUGAGCUAUUUGUGACUGAUCCGCGUCUCUAUUCUGCAGUUAGAUUAGCUUUAAACGGCAUUAACACAACAAUGCGUUUACCAAAGAGGCUUUAUGUCCUUCUGUUAUUUAUUGUGGCUACGACAUUCGCCUCUCCGGACAAGAUGACAGCAGCCACGGUGUACUGGGACCCUCAACACAAGGUUGUCCUGCUGAAGGAAGGGGUGCUGGAGACGGAAGGGGAUGCCUACGGUUAUCUGAAUGAUACCCUCUCGAGUACAGGCUGGAGCGUCCUGGAGAUCCGUGCCGGGUAUGGGCAGACCCCUGAAACUGAUGAGGUGACUUUCUUCCUGGCUGGCUACCUCGAAGGCUUCCUCACUGCCCAGCAGAUGAUGGACCACUAUACCAACAUGUAUCCGCAGCUGAUCCACGACCCAAAGAUCCUCGGCCCAGUUCAGAGUUUCAUGACGAAGCAGGACUCAUGGACCAGAGAGCAGGUAAAACUGAACAAGAGGUCCGAUCCUCUGUGGAAACACGCAGGCUUCAUCGUGGCUCAGAUGGAUGGACUGCAAGCGGGAGUCGCACACUGGGCCAAGCAACAGGGGAAAAAGCCGCUGUCCCUGUUUGCCGUCCAGUUCCUGAAUGCAGUGGGAGACCUGCUGGAUCUGAUCCCAGCCUUAGUUCCCACCUCCAACCCUCCGCUCAGAAACUACAAACUUCCAGGGAUGGGACACUGCUCUGCUCUCAUCAAGAUGCUGCCCGGCUUUGAGAACCUCUUGUUUGCCCACUCCAGCUGGUACACGUACGCUGCUACAAUGCGAAUCUACAAACACUGGGAUUUCCACAUCACUGAGCCCCACACAGCCACCGGGAAACUGUCCUUCAGCAGCUACCCUGGGUUCCUUGUGUCUCUGGAUGACUUCUACCUCUUGGGCAGUGGUCUGAUGAUGACCCAGACCACCAACGAUGUCUUUAACACCUCCCUCUUUGGCACAAUCACUCCCAACAGCCUCCUGGCGUGGCAGAGGGUCAGGCUGGCUCACAGUUUGGCACAUACUGGAGAAGAGUGGGCAAAAACAUUCUCCAUGCACAACUCUGGCACCUACAACAACCAGUACAUGGUGUUGGACAGGAGCAAGGUGCAGCUGGGCCACAGUGUUGAUGACGGCGCUCUGACUGUGGUGGAGCAGAUCCCUGGGCUGGUGGAGUACUCUGACCAGACACAGGCUCUGCGCAGAGGUUACUGGCCGUCCUACAACGUUCCUUUCCACCACAAGAUCUACACGCUGAGUGGUUAUGGAGAAAUGUGGGAGGAGCAUGGAGAAGACUUCUCCUACGAUCUCUGUCCCAGAGCCAAGAUCUUCCGCCGUGACCAGGCUGAUGUCAAGGACCUGGACUCCUUGAAGCACAUUAUGAGGUCUAAUGACUACAAGAAGGAGCCAUACUCCAAGGGUGACCCCUGCAAGACCAUCUGCUGCCGUGGCGACCUGAGAGCAGAGAAGCCUACUCCAGGAGGUUGCUAUGACACUAAGGUGACAGAUUUCCACAUGGCUGAGGACUUCCGUGCGGAGGCAGUGAACGGGCCAACGACACAGGACGGACUCCCGCCGUUCUUUUGGGAUAAAUUCAGCAACAUCAGCCACCAGGGUCUGCCGCUGUACUACAACUUUACCUUCAUCGGGAUGCAGCCUCUUCUCUUCAAGCCAUGAGGUGUGUUUGUGUUUGUGUGAGUGAGACAGAGAGAGAGUCUGUCUGACGCUUUCGGGGUAGGGAACGAUGAGAGUCAAAGGUACAAUCUGAUGUUUCUUUUGUGCUUCGCACAUCUGUUUACACACUGAUUAUUUUUGAUUUAAUUAUUGCUGAAAGUUACAAUCUCAAAGUUCCCAAUUUCAUUCUCUUUGGCGGCAACCAUGGCAAUAAGCGGUAAUUGCAGUUGUUUUUCCAUCUUACUUCAGUUGUUGCAGUUGUUUUUCCAUCUUACUUCCCAGAGGGCCCAAAUCCCAAACGGCGUGCGCCUUUUGGGAUUCUUCUUGGAAAUGUCGCACACAGACGCCCAGUUUGUAAUAAUGCAAGGGCUUUAUCACUGGUCCAUAGGCUCAAUCACUGUUGUGUUACCUCAUUCUAUGGAUGGAUGGAUGGAUGGAUUUUAAUGUUAAGAAUUGCGUCCCAAAUAAAGCUUUUUUGACUAACAGUACCUCCUUCCACCUGAUAAAAUGCAGGAUGUCAAACUGCCAAUCAGCUUUAAACUCAGUAUUUUAACGCGUAUAUGUCUCAUGUGCGUUAUUUAAUUUGGAAUACAUUAGAAACCAGUACGCUUUUUUAUACUUGCAGCCAUUUGUGCCUUAAACACUGACAGCAACUUAAUGAUUUUAUAAUAUGCAGAAUUAAUGCACUAAAUCACUAAAAUGAUUUAAUCCUUCUUUAAAUGCUUGAAUGUCUUCAUACAUGCAAACACCAUCAUUUCAAUGGUAAAUGAAUAAAUCAGUGCAAUGUCAAACUCAGGGCUGUGAUCUUCUCUGUGAUAUUUAUAUUCAUCUAUUUCUUAUACUGUGCAGAAUGAAAAUAUCUCAGGUUGAUAUAUUUAUUACAAGCCUAUGUUUCUUGUAAUAUGAUGUGUAAUACUGCACAUCUGUAUCAUGCCAUCAUUUCAUGUGUUGAUUGUUUAUUAAAGUUUUACAGUUGUA